AUGGGACUGACUCCUUUUCAAAACGCUACUUGCUCACAUGCUUACUUCUUGGUCCAGCCUUCUGCCGAUCCUGUUCAGGAUGACUCAAGUGAGAAGUUUGCAGACGACAAACAGCAAGCAGAUUGGGCGAUAAUUGCCGAUAUCGUACCUGGUGCUGUUCGAUUUUUCACUGACGAAAUGGCAUGUCGGAUUUGGGAAGGGCGAGCCGGUGGUACAACAUAUCCAUCUUCUUUUAUUUCAUAUAACGGAAGGGAAGCAAUCAUUCCUCCUGGCCUGCAAGAUCUCUCAAAGGAAGAACAGCGCCAAAUCAUGACUGUAAUGGAGGCUGCAGCAGCGGAUACAGUUGUUCCGCGGCCGUCGCGGAAGGAAACGGACUACGACGGACGGAGUGUUGCGUCGUUGUUACCGUCUACUUCGACAGCACCCCACCAGCAAAAACCACCUGCCUAUGUCGUGGAUAUGCACAGUCGUACACUAAGUGAACUUGCUGGUUUGCCUGGUUUGGAGGAGUUGUCGCCUAGUGAGCGUGAAAAAAUCAUUGCUGUUAUGGAAGCAGCCAGAAAGGAUGCGGAAGCAUCUCAUCUAGACAGCACUGAACCGCUUAGGAAAACAUUUUUCAGUGCUUCUUUGACUAAAGAGAAAGUUGGAAAUUUGCCGAUAAAAAAUCAGACAAAGGCUUUGGUGGUUGUCGACAAAGGGAAGGCCAUAACUUCUACAACUCCAGUAAAACUUGUCAGUCCUCAACCAGAGCAACGUAAAGAUCUCGUUGUUCAAUCCAAAACGACUACGGAGUGUGACAUCAUCGACGGAGAACAACGGAAAACGUCCUCCGCUGAUGCAAUGGAUUCCAACAUUGUUUCAUUACCUGCUUUGUCUAGCGCCGAUGCGUCAUGGGAGAAAAGAUCGUCAAAGGAUGCUGCUCUUGAACAAAAAAAACCUACUGAAAUCUCUUAUCAAGAUACGGUAGACGACGAUUUACCUGCCGUAGAUCUAUCGCAUUUGUCACAGGCGGAGAGGGAGCAGAUAAGAGCUGUCAUGCGAUUAGCUCAGAUGGACGAUUCAGAUGCAAGAAGAAGGCAACAAAGUACCAGAGGACAGUCACCGAAUAUUGGACAUCGAAUUUCGAAUACUACGCACCUGUCUACGAAGCCGACAAAACCAGAUGUUCGCCAAGUGGAAGAAGUGCGAGACGAAGGAAAACUUUUGUGCUCAGUAUUUGGAGGACCGCCUCUGGAGGAGAAUACACCGCGAAAAGUGGAAUGUUAUCGAGAUGAGGACGAAAUUAAGACUUUGGAGAGGAAAAGCCAACAAUUCGAGCCGGUAUCGCCUACAAGAGAAUCUGGAUACGGUACGACAUCGACGUCGUACGACCACGAACUAGGUGAUUUCGCCACAAAGACAGAUCAACUGUACGACUUGUUGGACGACACGAGUGAGGUGCGGGAGGGGGCGCACUCCAGGAAUGACUCACGGGCGGACGACCGCCGGGACGACUUCGACUUCACCUACUCGGACGUGCGGUUUGCCGAGAUCACCAGCGAAAACUUCGAUGACGAAAAGUACACGGUCAGCGUGUGUAAUGAGUCUGGCAUCAAUGUGGAUGCUGUGGAAAUGAACGAUUCUUUAUACAACCGCGAGAGUGCAGAUUGGUCAGGAGCUAGAAUGCCAAUGUGGACUACGGUAUUCGAAGGUGAUGAAUCGGAGCAGCCCUCAUACGACGACGUCCUUCAACAGCAUUCAUCUACAGAUGAUGAGAGUGUAUUUGAAGAUGACAGUUCCGACUACGUUCAGAAGGAGAAUGAGUUUGAUACAGCACUGAGGCCUUCAUCAUUGAGGGUCGCCGCUCGCUCAAGAACCACUACGAAAUCCUGGACCACGAUGGCAAUCGACGCCUCAAUGGUGGCCCCAGUGGCUAGACCGACUCCUGAAAUUACCAUCACAACUGAUGACGAAAGAAUGGACAAUGAGGAUGAAGAAAGCGGCAGCGACGAUGACGACGAUUACCCCGACAAGGGUGUUCGCUUGGAAUAUCAUGCGACCAGUGUCCUCACGGAGUACAAAGGUGGACGUCUGAAGAGACUGUUCUGGUGUUAUAGGUGCAGAGCAAGAAGCGGUCUCCAUGCGUAUCAUGGACAUGUUGUGGCAGCUCCAAUAGCUCCAACCCCUACUUACGAGGAAGUCGAACAAGAACGUGAACAACAAGAACAGUUUGGUAAAGAGGUGUUGCAACAAAUCCAGGCGUUUGGCGAAGCUGCUGACGAUGAAUUUGAUGUACAGUGGGCGAAGUCAACACUUCAGAAAGCUCAGAUUCGGCCACAUUACGAAUGCCCUUUCAUAGAAGAUGAGCCAUGCGGAACUGAAAUCAGUCUUCCACGAGCAGAACGUCAUUUUCCGUUGUUGAUCCGAUUUCGUAGGAAUUUUGUUCUAUAGAAGACCAUACAUUCUUCAAUGUCUUCGUUGGAGAUUUUAACGCUAAGAUUGGACCCAGAAGAACGUAUGAAGAACGGCACAUUCGAACUGACGGAUUACAAGGGAACGAGCAGGAAACAUGGUGAGCCCUUGGAGAUUUCCCGAGAAGACGAAAGGAAGAAUCCGUUUCUCGAGUCACCAGAGGAGGAGGAUGUGUCUGUCGAUAUGGAGGAAGUGGACGUAAGUCAGGCCGCACAGUUCUAUCAAACGCAGUCGUUAUUCUGCCAUCGGCCCGGACCAGUGUACACCAUUCCUGAAGAUGCAGAUGAGUGUGACGGUACUAUUGAAAAUAGCGAAAGUCGAAUGAUCGCCCGCGAGAAGAAACGCCAAACAGCCCGUUCAGUCGCGAAUCUGAUCAUCGGGAUGUACGAGCAACCAAAGGCACUGUCGCACACCACACCGACUAUUUCAGCAGCAUCAGCUACCUCAACUACACCUUAUAGAAUCAUCAGUUUGGGACCAGGCAUUCACAGUGAGGCUUCUGUUAGGAAUUUAUAA